AUGGCGUCUGCGGUAGCCGAGAACGCGACCCUCUCCUUCACCGAAGGCUCGGGCGGUGGCGGCUCCUUUCUUGGUCCCGCCGUCCUCCCGUGGGCAGUGGCGCUGGCGGCGCUCCUCCUGUUUUUCGAGCAGCUGUCUUACCUCCGAAAGAAAGGCCCCCUCCCAGGCUCCACACUGGUCGUCCCCCUGCUCGGCAGCGCCGUUCCCAUGAUACUCAACCCCACGGGCUACUGGCGGCGCCUCGGGGAGGCGGCCGCCACUCGCGGGCUAUGCGCCGACUACCUCAUGGGCCGCUUCAUCGUCUUCCUCCGAUCUGCCGAUCUAUCUCAUAGCGUCUUCUCCAACGUCCGGCCGGACGCCUUCCAAGUGAUAGGCCAUCCCUUCGGCCGCAAGCUUUUCGGCGACCACAACCUCAUCUACAUGUUCGGGCAGGAGCACAAGGAUCUUCGCCGCCGCAUUGCCCCCAAUUUCACCCCAAAGGCCCUCGCCACCUACCUGGACCUUCAGCAGACCAUCAUCCUCUCUCACAUCAGGAAGUGGAUCGAGAUGUGCGAGUCGUCGCCAUCGCCCUCCUCCAUGCCCCUGCGUCUGCUGUGCAGGGACAUGAACCUGGAGACCUCGCAGACCGUCUUCGCCGGCACGUACCUCUCGCCGGAGGCUCGGAGAGCCUUCAACGUCGACUACAACCUCUUCAACGUCGGCCUCAUGGCCGUACCGUUCGACCUCCCAGGGUUCGCCUUCCGCAGGGCCCGGCUCGCGGUCCACCGCCUGGUGUCCACCCUCGCCGGCUGCGUCGCCGAGAGCAAGCGCCGGAUGCGCUCCCCCGCCACGGAACCCUCCUGCCUCGUCGACUUCUGGAUGCAGGAGACCGUCCGAGAGAUCGCGGAGGCCGAGCAGGCCGACGGGCCCCCGCCGCCCCAGUCCAGCGACCAAGAGAUCGGCGGGCACAUCUUCGACUUCCUCUUCGCCUCGCAGGACGCUUCCACCUCCUCGCUCCUCUGGGCGGUGGCGCUGCUCGAGUCUCAUCCGGAGGUCCUGGUCAGGGUCCGCGCCGAGGUCUCCUCCCUGUGGUCGCCGGCGGAGGAUGGGACCUGGCCAGCCAUCACGGCGGAGAUGAUGCGGGGCAUGCGCUACACGGAGGCGGUGGUGCGGGAGGUGAUCCGUUUCCGGCCGCCGGCUACCCUGGUGCCACACAUCGCGGCGGAGGACGUGCCUCUGCCGGCAGCGGGGUACACCGUGCCCAAGGGGGCGAUCGUGUUCCCGUCGCUCCUGGAGGCCUCGUUCCAGGGGUUCACCGAGGCGGAGCGCUUCGACCCAGACCGGUUCUCGGAGGAGCGGCAGGAGGAUCGCCUCCACAAGAAGAACUUCCUGGCCUUUGGCGCGGGGGCGCACCAGUGCGUGGGCCAACGCUACGCCGUGAACCAUCUCGUCCUCUUCGUCACCAUAUUCGUCUCCCUGGUGGACUUCCGGCGCCACCGCACCGACGGCUGCGACGAGAUCACCUAUGUCCCCACCAUCGUGCCGAGGGACGACUGUCGGGUCUUCCUCGCCCGCCGCUGCAAGCGCUACCCCGACUUCUGA